AUUGCGCUGCACCAAGCACACUCGCUCCGACAGAAAGUCAAAACAACCGGCAACCGCGCCGAUUCUCACCCCACAGACCGUCGACAUGUCGGACGACAAGCCAACUUCCACCGAGCCGGAGCUUUCAAAGCUUUCCAUCUCCGCCGAACCCACCGAGAAGUCCGCCGAGAAGCCCAACACAACUGGCACCAACGCCAGCGCCGCCAGCUUCACUCCCGGCAAAUUCAGCUGGGCCGACGAGUCCACCACACCUCCCAAUGGAGCAGCUUCAGAUGCCCCUGCAGCAGACGGCAAGACUUUGGACGAUACGCAGAAAGAUGGUGCUACCACCUGGAUGUUGGGCUCGGAGGGACUCGACGAGCCGGAGUUUGAUGUCAACGUGAAGCUGGCAGAUCUGCAAGAAGAUCCGAACAAUCCUCUCUACUCGGUCAAGUCUUUUGACGAGUUGAACCUCAAAACCGAACUCCAAACCGGCCUCAAGUUGAUGAAUUUCCGUCAGCCAUCUAAGAUUCAGGAGCGCGCUCUGCCAUUGCUGCUGAAGGAACCCGCUACGAACUUCAUUGGCCAAUCGCAGUCUGGUACCGGCAAGACAGCGGCCUUCGUGCUCAACAUGCUCCAGCGCGUGGACCUCUCCAAUUCCAAGCCACAAGCCAUUGUGCUCGCUCCAACACGCGAAUUGGCCAAGCAAAUCGCUGCAGUCGCUACCCUUAUGGGUGCCAUGCUGGAGGGUAGUGGUCUGAAGAUCCACGAAGCUAUUCCCAAUGUCAACACACGCAACCAACAAGUCGAUGCUCAAAUCGUCGUCGGUACUCCGGGCACCGUGAUGGAACUUCUAAAGCGUCGCCUGCUCGACAGCCGCAACAUCAAAGUCCUCACCCUCGACGAGGCCGACAACAUGCUCGACCUCCAAGGCAUGGGAGAUCAGUGCAAACGCAUCAAGCAGCAACUUCCCAGGAACACGCAAAUUGUCCUGUUCUCCGCCACGUUCCCCGACAUUGUCAAAGGCUUCGCCGAUGUCUUCGCGGCCAAUGCCAAUCAGAUCACACUCGAGGUUGAGAAGCUCACCGUCAAGGGCAUCAAGCAAAUGUACCUCGACUGCAAGAACGACGAGGAGAAGUACUCCGCUCUGGUCAAAUUCUACGGUCUCAUGACCAUCGCAUCGUCAAUUAUCUUCGUCAAGCGCCGCGACACCGCUGCUGAGAUCGAGCGCCGCAUGACUGCAGAGGGACACAAGGUGGCUUCGCUCACGGGUGCAUUGGAAGGUGAGAACAGAGAUAAGGUCUUUGCUCGUUUCCGCUCCGGCGAAGCCAAGGUGCUCAUCACCACCAACGUCUUGUCCCGCGGCAUUGACGUGCAGACUGUGACAAUGGUCAUCAACUACGACAUUCCAGAGACCGUCGAUGGUCAACCUGACGCCGAGACCUACCUCCACCGUAUUGGUCGCACUGGACGUUUCGGACGCACCGGCGCUGCCCUCAGCUUCGUGCACGACCGUCGUAGCUGGCAGGCUCUGAUGGCGAUCUGCAAGCACUUCAGCGUGGAGCCGACCAAGCUCGACACUACCGAUUGGGAUAAUGUCGAGAAGCUGCUCAAGCAGGUGAUGAAGAACUCGCGCAACGCCGUCUCCAUGGACAGCAUGUAA